AUGAAAUUUAAAGAUGAUGAUGAAGAAGAUUUUAGUGCCUCCGAGAGCGAAUAUGCGCCACGUUUAUCUAAAAAAAGUUCUUUGGAAGAUGUAGUGGACAGUGACAAUUAUGAAAGCAGUGAUCACCAUUUAGAAGAUAGUGAUGAAGAACCACAGUUCUGCUCAGGAGACGAUGAUGGAGAUACAGUAACCGCUGCAUGGCAGUCAAGAGCAUCCAACAUCUUGCUCAUCUCAUGCUAUAUGGUGCACGAUCAGGCUGAGCCACCAUCCAACAACAUGGUGAGAAACAUGAUGUGUGCUGCCAAUCGCAAGGCAUUUAGAUACCAUUUACUGGUCAACGAUGAAGAUAGUGAUGAUGAUAAUGAUGAAGAAUAUUAUAACAAUGAUGAUGAAGAUAAUUAUGAUAAUGAAGACUAUGAUAAUUGGGAUAUUUGUGGUGAAUUUGAUAAUGCCGAAUAA